CGCACGGGGUCUCCUGUGCCCACCCAUUCAUAGAAUCGCGGAAGGCGCGCGUGCGCACUGCAGCUGCCUGCCCUCCCAUUCAUAAAAAAGCCAUUUUCCCAGGCAGUGGUUGCAACACCGCCGCGAAGGCAGCGAGCGGAGCUGACAGCGCAGAGCUUGCGCUGCGGGGCGCAGGGAGCCUUGCCGGUUCCUGCCGCCGGCGUCUGCGCGUACAGCGGCUACUGACCCACUCGGGCUCAGAGAUUUGCACAGACGUGGAGCGAUGCUUGUGACUCUGCGGCUCCUCAGAGGUCCCUAGAAGCCUGUUCUUGGUGCCAUCCAGGACCUCCGGCCCCAUGGAUCCCCCAAUCCCACAGAGCGUGCCCUUGACUACCAGCUCAGUCAUGGUCCAGCCCCUCCUUGACAGCCGGAUGCCCCACAGCAGGCUCCAACACCCACUCACCAUCCUCCCUAUCGACCAGAUGAAGACCAGUCACGUGGAGAAUGACUACAUAGACAACCCUGGCCUGGUACCUCCCACUGGCCCUAAACGGUCCCGGGCUGGGGCCCCUGAGUUGGCCCCUACACCUGCCCGCUGUGACCAGGAUGUCACCCAUCACUGGAUCUCGUUCAGCGGGCGCCCCAGCUCUGUCAGCAGCAGCAGUAGCACCUCCUCCGACCAGCGGCUCUUGGACCACAUGGCCCCACCGCCCAUGGCCGACCAGGCCUCGCCCAGGGCUGUGCGCAUCCAACCCAAGGUAGUCCACUGCAAGCCACUGGACUUCAAGGGCCCAGCAGCCCCACCAGAGCUGGACAAGCACUUCUUGCUGUGUGAGGCAUGCGGAAAGUGUAAAUGCAAGGAGUGUGCGUCCCCUCGGACGUUACCAUCCUGCUGGGUCUGUAACCAGGAGUGUCUGUGCUCAGCACAAACCCUGGUCAACUAUGGCACGUGCAUGUGCCUCGUGCAGGGCGUCUUCUACCACUGCACCAAUGAGGACGAUGAGGGCUCCUGCGCCGACCACCCCUGCUCCUGCUCUCACUCAAACUGCUGUGCCCGCUGGUCCUUCAUGGGAGCCCUAUCCCUGGUGCUGCCCUGCCUGCUCUGCUACCUUCCUGCCACCGGCUGCGUGAAGCUGGCCCAGCGUGGCUACGACCGCGUGCGCCGCCCUGGCUGCCGCUGCAAGCACACGAACAGUGUCAUCUGCAAGGCGGCUGGUGGUGGAGGAGAUGCCAAGGCCACCAGACCUGACAAGCCUUUCUGAGGCUUUGGGCCAGUGGGAUGUGGUGUCUUUCUGGCGGCCACCUGAGGCUGGCUUUGCUGAGCUGUCCAUUCCCCCUGCUGCUUCCAGUUUGGGGAGAAACAGGGACCACCACGCACCCACCCACCUUGUUCCCUCAGAAGGAAGUAGCAGCAGCACCUUGGGGUUUCCACGGGGCCCUGGAACCCGGUGUCUGAUAGACUAAGGCAGAGUGGGACAUGGUUCAGGAAGAUUGGACACAUGGAUAUGGACACACCGGAAGUCACAGCUGCCAGAAAGCUUUCCCAGCCCCCAUCCUUCCUCUUCCCUACCCCUUUCCUUCUCUGGCUAUCUGCCUGUGAGGACUGGGUCACCAGAGUACCUUGGAGGAGGAUUCUAGGAGUCUUGACUCCCGUACCUUCUUCCCCUUCCCUCCUCACUUUAUGCAUACCUGCCCUUAGCAUUUUGGAGAAGGCCUCGAACACCCUUGCAGACCCUGUUGUACAGCUGUGGGAACCCCCUGUAAAGCACCGGGCACAGUCUUGGAGCGCGGGGUUGACCUCUUCUGCUGGAGUCACUGGCUGGAUUCAGGAGCUGAGCUGUGUGCAGUGGGUGGCUCACCCUCCAACUCGCUGUCUGGGAAAUGCCUUGCUCAUCAUGCCGUCCUUGGAGUCACAGACUGGCCUGCCUGCUACAGUUCCUGAGUUCUCCCUGCUCAGAUUCCCUUCCAGAAACUUCACAAGGCAGCAGAGGCGAGACCAAACACUGUUUUGCCACUGAGUCUUUGGCUAUGGUCCCCAGCUCCAGUCUUUUUUUUUUUUUAUAUAAAAUAAUGAAACCCAGUGCUGAACCCAGUGUUUUAAAAAAAUAAUACAACAACUUGCUUCCUUUUGGGUCACCCCCAGGAAGGGCUGAUUUCAUAAUCUGGGGGGCGUGCAACCUGAAGGAGCACAAUCCCCCUUAACACCAAGAAGGGGGUUGAGCAGCAGAAGGCAGAGGCAGCACUUUCCAUUGGCAUGGUGGUGGCGGAGCUGAGCUGGGUUCAGAGUUUCCCCGCCUCUUGAUUCUGCUGCUUGCUCUCACAGCCUUUGGUGUAGUGAUGUUUGUAUCUUUCAUGUAAAUAGGAUGAGCCACCAGUCUGCUUUAGUGAUAGGAAGCCUGGGGGGUGGGGAAAAGGUGGGGGUGGGCAGGAAAGGAGAGAGAUAGAGAGAGAGAGAAAGGAGACUGUGGGGCCAACGUCUCUAGGGACCACUGCAUUUGAGCCCUGUUCCUGUGCACAGCCACAGCACCCGCCUCUGGCAGCCCCCAGCACAUGGCAGCUCUUGGUCAAGGUGCUAAAGGACUCUACAGUACAGCGUGUCCAGUGGGUACGCACUUCUUGCAUGCACAAGCUGUAGUGUGUCUGGUCCUCCGGCUGUGGUGUGGGGUUUGUGCUUUGUGUGGUAUUUUGUUAGCCCCUCCCAGGCCUCAGUUGCUGUGAUGGGCGUGUCCCCAAGGCCUCCCAAGGACUUUAUUUAUCCUCUUCUGGAGACUAGUAGUGACAUCUUAGGAUUUAGGCUAAGUUAACUGUAACCAUAGGUAUUUAUUGAGCAGAGGGAAGGGAGGCUCUUCCCCCCCCCCAGCUUUAUUUAUGUAACAUUGGCUAGCUUGUAAAAGGUUAGUAUAGAGUACUGCAUCUGCAUUGAGACUGUUGCAGCCCUUCCCCGAUUGCAGUGGAUGCAGGAUGAAUGUUGCACAAUGGGAGGGGAGGGGAGCAACCACCAUGUUCAGCCAACCACUUUUCCUAAUUGAAUGUAUCAGAAGCAUACUGAAGGGACUGGAGAUGCUGCCUCAGAUGAGGUGUGCUGGGGUGGAUAGAGAGGACCCUCUGUCUCCUGCCCCCGCGAUGCUUCUCCCCAGGGUCUCUCCCUCAGCUCGUCUCCUUGGGAAACUUGAUUCAGUGGCAAGUUGCACUUUGGUGAGCUUGGUGGUCCAAACAUGUGUUCUGUGCAGAGCUAAUGGACAUAGAUUGUGCAUGCACAUGUGUGCACGUACAUACAAGACAUACACAUACUUACUCCAUACUGACCCUGCUUCCAGGCACCACUGAACCUUUUUUGUGUACAUAGUUGUAAACACGGAUCUUUGUGGGUUUUGGUUUGCUCUUUCCUUUGUCUGCUCACCCUGCUUUGGCUUGUGUCUCAUCUGCCAGUUUGAUGUUGGUGGGACGUGCCCUGGGAGUCCACUGGAUGCCCUGUACUCAUGUUCAAGGUCAGGAGAGAAGGAAGCAAAGGAAGCAGCCUAGGUUCUCCUGGUUCUAUUGUGCAGUGAUCCCACAGCACUGCUGUUAUCUGGCUUCCUGACACAGAUCACAGGAAAGAGCUGGCUUACACAGGACUAAUACCCUGGACCCCCAGCUCCCACAUCAGACAAGGACCACUAAGGAGUCGCAGGCUCAAAUAUGAUACAUUUCUGUAGCUGCUUCUGGCUAAUUGUUCCUUGUCACCCAUGGCUUGCUCAGUACAUUAUGCCUCACCUUGAUAAGUGCCACCAGGCUCCCACUUCCUUUACACGUGAGGUGGGUGCUGGUUCUGCCUGGAACAGGGCUUGGGGGCCUUAGCAGGACCUGGGGCACUAGUAGGGGGUCUCAGCUGCUCGUUCCACUGUGCCCUUGUAUGGGUCUGCUGGAGAUGGAGGCCCUUUUGUAGGUGCAGGUG